AUGGCAUCCAGGAAACAGCGAAAAUCACACUCUGCCCUCCCCACCAGCACCAGCACCACAUCCCCCAACCCCACCCCUCCUACAAGCAAAUCUCAAACAGUUCCCAGAGACGCAGUACCCCAGCUCUACGGCGAAAUCCAACAAGCAGGUGCCGAACGCCAAAAAUGGAUAGAAGACCCAAAAGACACUACAUGCACCAUCAAGCCCUCAACUCUAUCAAUCUCAAAGCUCAAAAAGCAGGGCUGGACUUUCAAGACUAACAUCAUAUCUACCGCACUUGAAAUCGAACCAGAAUGUGCUAAACAACGAUUUCCCAAGUUCAAGAAAUACCGAGACGUGGAGCUCUCCAAAUCAGAGCUCUCCAAGUCAGGCGGACACGAGAAAUGGUCCUACAACUCCUACUACAUCAUUCUAGGAGAAGGCAUAAUCUACGCCAAAGACAUCAAAAGAACCUACGGACCCCCUUUCUCGGAGAUCGCAACAGCUCUCUAUACAGCCAGGUCACCAAUAGAAUCUCUCAAACAUGUCUAUUUCGAUAACGUCGUUAACGCCGAUACCAAGCGCUUUGUUAGCAAGAGGCUUUAUACUGCGCAAAACGGGCUUACCUGGUCGUCAUACAGGCCUAUCAUGGUUUGGAAAUAUGAUACUGCUGAGUAUCAGGGUCUUCUGGGGACGCGUCUUGGUAAGGCGGUGGUUUAUAUGGUUUUGGGGGCUUUCCCUAGAGGAACGCACUAUAUUUCUAAGGUUGUUACUUUUGCUGGGCCGGCUUAUGGUUACGCGCUUCAUUUGAGAUAG